AUGUCAUCGCUGACGGAGGGAGCGCGUGCGUCGCACACCAGCUCCAAGGAGGCAGGGUACUAUCGGCUGCAGAGCCCAAAGCACAUCAACAUCGACCCCUGCGUCUACGAGAUUCGCACCAUGCGCGGCAGUGGCCCAGGUGGCCAAGGCACGAAUAGCAGCAGUAACAAGGUGGAGCUGCGCGCGGACAUGGAGCUCCUGUCCGAGUUCUUCGACGAAGAGCUACUUGCCGCACUGCGCCGCCACGAGGCUGGCGGAGCGCUCACCAAUGACGGGACAACCAUCGUCGUGAGCUGUCACGAGCACCGUAGCGCCUUGCAAAACAAAGAGGGCUGUUUGCGCAAGCUGCAGACGCUUCUGCACAAAGCAUCUUGGGUGCCACCGGCGGAGGCCGGCCUCGUCGAGCGGCCAUCCUUCAUCGUCACAGAGCAGAAGGUUAGGCGACGCAAGAAGAGCAACAUGAACCGCAUGACCCGCUCCGCGCGUAGUGGGUCGUGGUGA